GUUACAUUUAGUGCUUAUGUCCAUUUUCACUUUUCAACUUCACUUUGCCUUUAUUUUGAAAUGUAUAACCGGAAGUUCCGUGUUGUAUUCAUUAAGAACAACAAGUGCUGAAGCAGCAGACUCAAAACUUCUGCAUCAGGACCGGACAGUGGUCGGACUCCGUUUAACGAACUUUUUUUUUUUUAAGUUUAAGUUAAAUAAGUUGUUGCAGCACAUGUCUGUGAAAGAGACGGAUAACACAGAACUGUUAUUUUUACUUAAACGGUAAAAAAAAAAAAAAAAUGAGUCCGGUUUUGUUUCUUUUGCUGCUUUGUCUGCGGACCGCAGAGCUCCGUCACCGAGCCCACACACCCCGGGAGGAUCAGCCGGGGUCGGAGAUGCAGACGGAGGAUGUUAGACCUCGGGAGCGGGGGACCAAGGAUGUUCUCUCCUCGAAUAGGACUUCUCUUGGCCAGUAUGAAAGUUUAAAAGUUCCCGGCAUGAAGCGGAUUCCCCGGGGAGCAAAAGAUGGCAAUUUCAGAAAAAGAGACCCGAACUCACCGAGCAGUAACGGGCGACGGUACGACGAUCCGAGCGGGUACUUCACCACCACCCCGCGGGCAGCCUCCUCAGCCCGGCCCGUUACUAACUCCUCGUCAGUCCGCGGGUCGGGGCUCCUCAAUCCGCUGUUCCCGGUCACCGACGGCUCCUACGCAGCGUACGCGGUCAUGCUGCUUGCGCUCGUGUUGUUCGCCACGGGCAUCGUUGGGAACCUCGCGCUCAUGUGCACUGUGUGGCACAACAUGUACCUGAAAAGCGCUUGGAACUGCAUCCUCGCGGGGCUGGCUUUCUGGGAUUUCCUCGUGCUGUUCUUCUGCCUCCCCGUGGUCAUCUUCCACGAGCUCACCUUGAAGAGGUUGCUAGGAGACCUGUCCUGUCGACUCGUGCCCUAUCUGGAGGUGAGCUCUCUGGGUGUGGCCACAUUCAGCCUCUGUGCUCUGAGCAUUGAUCGUUUUCAUGCAGCCACCGGCCCCGUGCCCCUACAGACGCCGAGGGUGGAACCCUGCCAGUCCAUCCUGUCCAAGCUGUCCGUCAUCUGGGUGGGCUCCAUGGUGCUGGCGGCCCCUGAGCUGCUGCUGUGGCAGCUGGUACAGGAGACCGUCAGCCUGCCGAUGCUCCCCAGUGACCGGCAGGGAGGAGGCUCUCUGAUGGCUGCCUUAAGGGCCCGAUCAGAAGCGUUUAAGGUGGAUCUAUGUGUGCGAGAGCCGUCAGUGGAGCUCCCAGAGAACAUCUACUCUCUGGUGCUGACCUACCACGAGGCCCGCAUGUGGUGGAUCUUCGGCUGCUACCUCUGUAUGCCACUGCUCUUCACUCUGGCCUGCGACUUAGUUACGAGGCAGGUGGUGGCCCAGCGUCUCCCGCAGAAACCCGCCAUCGCAAAGGUGAUCGAAAGAUGUUCGUCCUCAUCAAAGAAGAAGCAGCACACAAGAGAGCAGAGGCUGCGCACGACUGUGAUGUCUCUCACAGUCUUGUACGUCAUAUGUAACCUGCCAGAGAGCAUCUGUAACAUCACCCUGGCAUACAUCUCCGCCCAAGUGAAUGCAGCUCUCCCGGCUCUGGUUCUGCCGGCGCUGAGUCUGGUGGGACAGUUCCUGCUGUUCGUGCGUUGCUCUGCAACGCCGGUGCUGCUGCUGUGCCUGUGUCGCUCGCUGGGCCAGGCCUUCAUGGACUGCUGCUGCUGCUGCUGUGAGGAAUGCCUCCCCGACGCCAACUCCUCCUCAUCUGCCUCAACCACCGCCACCUCCAACCCCUCCUCACCCACAUCGCCCACUCCCUCCUCACUGUCCCCUUCCAGCAAAGACGAGACGAUGAAGAGCUUGUUGCCGAUAGAACCAUCAGUUUGCUAUUCGACAGCUAUCGGGACACCCUGCUGAGGUCCAGAACUGCAUCUAGGUUUAUCAUUUAGGUUUAUUUGUUUUGUCCAUCAUAGAGUGGAGCAGGGAAGACAUCUUUUUGUAGGGUGACCCGGAAGUUAGCAUCACCCUGGUUCCCUCAAUAAAAAACGAUGGGAUUUUCCAUUGGAUUGUUGCAAAGAAUUGGCGAAUUAACUGACAUAUUUGAUGCGGAGAAGAAAACAUUUAAGGUUUUAAAGCUUGUGUCAACCUCAGACCUUAUUUCAGGCAUCCAGCCAAAACAUCUUUACUUGGAGACGAGGGAACAGGAACUGCUAAAUGCUUACACACACUUCCGGGUUUUUAGACUCAUUCCUGCAUCACUCUUUUUCUAUCAUUAAUGAAAAAGUUGUACUCUCCAAGUGGAUAUGGGAGAUCUGGGGGAAACAAGAACAAGUCUGAUGUGUCAAGUAAAGUGUGUUUCUGAACCCAUCAGAUUUCGUUAAGUUCUUCCAGAUCCCCAGAGCAGUAAGGCAUCAGACAGGUUGGAGAGAAAAGUACACGCACACCUCAGCGUCAGUCUGUUUUUAUGAACUCUGUAGCAUUCAAUAAGAAGGAGAAUAGUAUACAUCUAACUUUUCCCUUUUUUUAUACUAAGACAAUGCCCGCAUAUACUAAACCAGCACCAUAAAGAACUGGGUUUCCCAGUUUGAUAUGAACAAUCUUAAAAGGUGUGCAAACCCAGAUUUGAUCACAAAACAUCACCGUAACAACACUUUGGUCUAUCUUCUGUCUAUGUAAACAACUUGAUUUGGCUCCAAAAUAUUUUUUCCAAGUUAAAGUUUGUCAAAUGAAAUGGAUGUUGGCAUUGUUUUCUUUUCCGAAUUAAGUUUGUUUAACCAACAAAUUAUUUUGUUUAUACUGUGUGUCUGACUGCUCGUGUUUUUGUAUCCGUCUUCCUUUGUAGUGAAAUCCCUGUUCGUCGAAAUGUCAGCGAUAGACCUGGCAAGUACAAAACCAUAUUAUUAAAACUGAUAGAAAUGAUGGACAAAACUACUGAAAUAUAAGUUGUUAGACUGGAAUAAUCCUCAGCCUGUGUAAACUGGUAGUGUAGAGCCACUGUGGUAGCAGAGACGUGUCUAGGGUUGGGGAUGAUAAACAAUAUAGAAUGUCUGAUUUAAGUGUUGGAUUUAUUCCUGUUAUUUUAGGAGUCAUGAUUAUUUUACAGGUGUUUUUUAUGAUAUAGUUAUUAAUAUGGAUCUAAUGCUCAUUCCGAAUAUUAGCAUUUUCUGCUCUAAGUACUGUAUCAGAUAGAAACACUUGACAUUUGAGGGCUCUUUUGAGGGUUAAAUUGAAAUAGAAAUACUACUUUUUUAUCGGCAAACUGCUGUGAACUUAUUGAAGUAUGUUUUUAGUUUUUGUACAGGAUUUUGCUGUUGCUGUGUAGACAGCAGUUAAAUAUGGGUAAUGAAAAGGGGUCAUAUGAGAUAUAGGUCAAAAUUAUCAAUCUAUGAGAAACAAGUCAGUGUGACAUUUGAUUUGUUUUAUUACCUGUUUGAUAGUAAACUUUUCUUCAAGAAAAAACUGUUUGCAUGUGAGUAAAUUCCUAUUCACACUGUGUUCACAAAGCCUUUUAUACCACAAAUUAUUGGAAUAAAAAUGAGCGUAAUG